AUGAUAACACCUGCCCGCCUGGCGACACAAAGGUAUCGAUCGUUGUGGAUAAGCUUCCAUCUAACAAUGAACAUGCCAGACUUUCUUCGCUUCUCGAUCAUCCUUCGCCCGUGCACCCAUAGCGCAAUCAUCGAGAGAGCAUGCAAGACCACAUUGUUCCUGACGUAUUUCCGUCGAUGUGCCAUUCCUGAUCCCUCAAAGGGAGCAGGAAGUGUGAAACUUCAUACUGUUGGCUCCGAGCCGCACACAAUGGGGAGCACGAAUGUUACCUUGAUUCCAUUCAAGACGGUCUCCGAAGAAGCCGAAACAUUUAUUCUAACUUGA